UCUCUCUCUCUCUCUUAUUACAAAAAUGGAGGGAAGCAAAUCAAAAGAAGAGAAAUAGAGUUUUAGAUAUGCAUCAUCAUUAGUUUAUUUGUUUCCCAAUCAUUUGAAUUUGCUUUCUUCCAUAUAUAUAUAUAUAUACAAAAACAAAAUGAACAAUAUUAACUGGUUAUUGGGUUUCUCUCUUUCUGCUCCCACCAUGGACGACACAUCAUCAUCAUCUCAUCAUCAUCAUCAUCAAGAAGGUGAUGAUCAUCAGCCAUCCUCUACAGUUGUUUCCGGUACAGUUCCUUCAAGUUACAACUACCCAGGAAUUAAUUACUACGGUGAAAACUCUUCUUCUUCUUUAACCAUGAUGCCGAUCAAGUCUGACGGCUCACUCUGCUUGAUGGAAGCUUUCCACACCUCACAACCACCAGCUAAACUGGAGGAUUUCUUUAGUACUGGAGCAACAAUGGGGGCCCAUCCCCAUCACUACGAAAGAGGUGGAAUGGCUCUAAGCCUAGACAGCACGUACUAUAAUCAAACCCAUGAAAACGAAAACAACAAAACCAUAAUCAACGGUCAGGAUUUUGUCGGCGGCCAUAGCCAAGAAAACUCGCAACAAAUUAUCCAACUUCAUCAAGAUCAGUACCCGCAUUAUAACUACCAGGCUUUGUUAUUACAAGGUGGUGGUGACGAUCAUCAUCGGAGCAAAGAAGCCGAUCAGCAUCCAUCAAUGGCGGCGGACGACGAAAUAGGCGGCGGCGGCGGCGCGAAGAACUGGGUUUCGAGAAACUGCAGCCCGGGAAAUGUGCAUGCUGCGUUAAUGGCGGAAAAUGGGGUGGAAUCUGGUAGUGCGGGUGGUAAUGGUGAUUUACAGUCUCUGAGCUUGACUAUGAGCUCGCAGGAUAGUACGAUGAUGGCGUUGGAGAAGAAGAAAAGAGGGCUGCCUGAAAAUCAGAAGCAGAUUGUUCACCGGAAAUCUAUUGAUACUUUCGGACAAAGAACCUCGCAGUACAGAGGUGUCACAAGGCAUAGGUGGACAGGCAGAUACGAAGCUCAUCUAUGGGACAACAGUUGUAAGAAGGAAGGCCAAAGCAGAAAGGGAAGACAAGUUUACUUAGGGGGAUAUGAUAUGGAAGAAAAAGCAGCAAGGGCUUAUGAUUUAGCAGCACUUAAGUACUGGGGGCCUUCAACCCAUAUCAAUUUCGCUGUGGAAAAUUAUCGGCAAGAGCUUGAAGAAAUGAACAGCAUGAACAGACAAGAAUAUGUUGCUCACUUAAGAAGGAGAAGUAGUGGUUUCUCUAGGGGAGCUUCUAUUUACAGAGGAGUGACAAGGCAUCAUCAGCAUGGCAGGUGGCAAGCUCGGAUUGGCCGAGUUGCAGGGAACAAGGAUCUUUAUCUAGGCACAUUCAGCACACAAGAAGAAGCUGCAGAGGCAUACGAUGUAGCUGCAAUAAAAUUCAGAGGACUAAACGCCGUUACUAACUUCGUUACAUCAAAGUACGACGUGGAAAGAAUCAUGGAAAGCAACACGCUUCUCUCGGGCGAAAUGGCCAGGCGGAACACAGACGUUACAACUUUGACCGUUAGUCAUCCCACCGAUGACGUGGCCCUCUACGAGCCGUCCCAUCAUCAGAAACCAGCGUUGGAAUAUUUCAACGGCUCCAGUUCAUCGGUAAGCGGGUCGGUUGUAAUUGACCCGCAGGUUUGGGACGGGUCGGGUCGGAGUACCGCGGGUCGUUUGUCGGGUGGGUCUUCGCUGGUGACGAGCUUGAGCAGCUCUAGAGAAGGAAGCCCGGAUGGGAAUAUUAAUAACAGCCGUUCGAUGCAAUUUGGAUCUGAGUUUUCUUGGAUCCAAUCAACGGCUCAGAUGAGGCCACAAGUGCCACUUUUCUAUGCAUGGGCUGAUGCAUCGUAGUUUAUUAUUAUUAUUUUUAAUUAAUGAACAGUUGAUGUAGACUUACUUUCAUCUGGUUCUAAUUUUCUGUGGGAGAGAUUUAAGGGGGGUUUAGGUUUUUAUGUUGUUACCUUUUAUGGUUUUUAAUGUUCUAAUUUAAUUUGCCUCAA